AGGCUGGGGACGCACCCGGCGCCGGUCGCCCCUAGCCCUCCUCCUCCGCCUCCUGCCGGCCGGGCGGCCUCCUCCGGCGCCUCCCUGCGCUCGCCGCCGCCGCCUCCCCCUUCCCUGCGGCUCCCCGGCUUUCGGGAGCCCGGGGGCGGCCUGUGGCGCGCCGAGUCCGCGCCGGACUGCGCCUCUGUGGACCUUGAGGAGAAACAUGCGUUUGGCUUGGGUCAUUUUCGAUUCUUAGUUUGGGAUCCCCGCCCGCCUACCGCUUCCGCCCCGCGGGGUUUCUUGCCUUUUCUUUCUUUCUCUCUCCUUUUUUUCCCCUUUGGAUUUUUUUCCCCCUUUUUCUCCAUUCCGACUCCUUUUUGGACUCUUUCUCCCCCCCCCUUUAUGCUCGCCCAACCUUCCCCCCGCUGCUGAGAAGUGGGGGAGGGUCUCGGCCUCCAGGUUCCCGCCCCACCGGGACCCGGGCGAGCAUGGGGGGCAAGCAGAGCACGGCGGCCCGCUCCCGGGGCGCCUUCCCAGGGGUCUCCACCGAUGACAGCGCCGUGCCCCCGCCGGGAGGGGCGCCCCACUUCGGCCACUACCGGGCGGGCGGCGGGGCCAUGGGGCUGCGCAGCCGCUCGGUCAGCUCGGUGGCUGGCAUGGGCAUGGACCCCAGCACUGCCGGAGGGGUGCCCUUCGGUCUCUACACCUCGGCCUCCCGGGGGACCAGCGACUCGGAGAGGGCGCCCGGCGGCGGAGGGUCGGCGUCCGACUCCACCUAUGCCCAUGGCAAUGGUUACCAGGAGACGGGCGGCGGUCACCAUAGAGACGGGAUGCUGUACCUGGGCUCCCGAGCCUCGCUGGCGGAUGCUCUACCUCUGCACAUCGCACCCAGGUGGUUCAGCUCGCACAGUGGUGAGUCGGCGGGUGGCGAGGCCUCGGGGACCUGGUGUGUGUGUGUGUGUAAGCUUCUUUGUCCUCACUCCAUUAUCAGGCUCUCCUUUACAAGCACACUGAGCUUAUACUUGGUUUCGAAAAUUCUUGGCUUCUCAACUGUGAAACCUUAG